UCAUCGCCGCCAUAUUGGUUAGCUUGGCGCUUUUCUCGUGCAUUGUUAAUUUUCGCGAGAUAUGUUUUUACGGAAUUCAUAUGAUUUUGUUACUGUGAUAUAGUUAUUUGUGGACAAUAGUGCAUUGAACAUUUGUUAGAACUUUAAAAAUGGAUCCCGCAAAGAUGAAAGUGGUGGAUUUGCGGUCCGAGCUUGGGGCAUUGGGUUUGGACACGAAGGGUAACAAACCGGCAUUGGUGGAAAGGUUAAAGAAAGCUUUGGAGUCUAAAACUGGCAAAUCGAUAGCGGAUACAACAAUCUUGGAUACGUCAACAGAAGAUGCAGACGAACCUGCCACUCCAAGACGUGCUGCAGCACCCAGGACCACUAGACGGUCAUCCUCAUCUAGACUGGCUUCCACACCGGCUAGGGUUACCAAAGAAGAUCCUCCAACGAUAGAUGAAGAGCCACAGGACGAUGAUUCACCAGUGCGUGAGUCAAAGCCUGACAAGAAACCAGAUCCACAGCCCAAGUCUGUGGAGAAGUCCAAACCUGAAGCUGACAAGAAUGAGAAGAACAAAGGCGAUGAACCAUACAGCAUAGAUGAUGAACAGAGCCAAUCGCCUGUGGAAGUUAAGCCAGAUACAGAUGACCAAGAUGAAGCCAGCUCCCAGGAAGGCGCUCCAGCGAAUGAGUCGCGCGACAAAGACGAUCAGCAGAAUGACGCCGACAUGGACACAAGUGAGAAGAAAGAGAGUGAAGAUAAGGAGGAGAAGGAUCGUGAAGAAGAAGAAGAAGAAGAUGAAGAAGAAAGAGAGCGUAAACGUGAGUUAACCGAAGAAGAGGAGUGGGAGCUUCUCAACCAGAGAUUGAUAGAAAAGGAGAAGGAGAGACUAGAGAGGGAGAAGAAACAAGCGGAAGAAGAUGCUAAGCGCUUCGAGGAGUUCAGUAAUGACCCUGUGAAAUUGCAACGCCUCAAAAAGAAGCAGGAGAAGAAGGCUCGCUGGAGCAACUACUAUCGUACCAUAGAAGUUACCAACGAAGUGCUGGCGCCUGUUGUUGAGGAGUCACCUCACAAGAAACAGGUAGCAGAGCCAAAGUAUGUUGAACCUGAACUGGACGACAACAAAGUUACUCUGUCUUGGUAUGACAGCGACCUGAACCAGUAUUUGGAGCUGCCAGAGUUGAACUCAGUAGUGCCGCUCAGCGAGGGCGCCUUUGCCCACGCGUGGGCAGGCUCCAGAGCGACGCACGGCGUCUCCAGUGGACGAGUGUGCUAUGAGGUUCGUGUGGGUUCAGUAGUGACCACUACGGAGACUUCGGAUAAAGAGACAAUGGCAAGUGGACUGAGAAUUGGCUGGUCCACUGAUGACUCUUCAUUGCAUCUUGGAGAAGAUGAGCUGAGCUGGGGCUUCGAGAGCACGGGUCGCGCGGUCAACAACAGCGAAUUCAAGGAGUACGGCAAGGCGUUCAAUGAGAAGGAUGUGCUUGGAGUUUACUUGGAUCUUGAAUCCAACCCAUGCAAGAUAUCUUACACCCUGAAUGGUGUGGAACUUGGAACAGCCUUCGAGUUUGACAAGCAAGAUCUCAACGGCAAAACAUUGUUUCCCCACGUGCUGACUAAGAACAUCUGCUACCGAGUCAACAUGGGAUACGAUAGAUACAAUAUGCUGUCCCGAACCAAAAUUGUAAGGAAAAGGAUCGAGAUACCAAUUGAGCAGGUUCUUGAGGAGAAGCGAAAGAGGGACGAAGAAAUCAGAAGGCAGAAAGAGGAGGCGGCCAAGAAAGCUAGAGAAAGACGCGAGAAGGAGAAAAAGGAAAGAGAAGAGAGACAGAGGAAGAAAAGAGAGGAAAGAGAACGAGUAGAAAAAGAGCGCAAGGAAAGGGAAGCGAAAGAAAAGAAGGAGAAAGAAGACCAGGAGAAGAAAGAUAAUGACGAGAGUAUGGAAGUCGACGGCAAAGGAGAAAAGGAGACGGAAGAUGCGCUUAAACAAGAUGAUAAAGAAGAGAAAACUGGUGAAGAUAAGGAACCUAAAGAGAAUGGCGAGAAGCCAGAGCUCGCGGUGGAAGUGUCGGUAAAGCAGGAGCCGAUGGAAACGGAAGAAGUCGCGCCCGCGCCGCCCGUCGAAGCUGCGCCUGCGCCUGCGCCGGUCGUCGAAACCGCCAAAGAGGCCAACCCUAACGUCAAGGAGGAGCCAUCGAAAGACGUGGAAGAGGUGACGGAGGAGCAAGUGCUCGGCGGUUACGCUUUAGACAAGCGCAUCAAAUACGUUAUUAAGUACACUGUAGAUGAGGAGCUAGACGGCGCGGAGGCUUGCUUGCUGCCUGGAUACAUCUUAAUCGCACACGCGAACCUCGUGGAUGGCCCGCGUAGACCUGCCACCAAUGCAGAGUGUGAGGUCAUCCUCAUGGUCGGCAUGCCUGGUUCAGGCAAGACGUAUUGGGCGAAGAAGUACUGCGCCGAGCAUCCUGAGAAGCGGUACAAUCUGCUCUCUACCGGCGCCUUGUUUGACAAGAUGAAGGUGGACUGUAAGCCUUUCCGCGCCAGCUUCGAGGGCAAGUGGGACGCGAUGGUGACUAAAUGCGCCAAGUGCGUGCUAAAAUUGUUGGAAAUGGCCAAGGGGAGGCGCAGGAAUUUCAUCCUCGACCAGACGAAUGUUUACCCGUCGGCGCAACGUCGCAAGCUCAGGGAGUUCGAUGGAUACAGGCGCGUCGCGGUCGUCAUCGUCGUGAACGAAGACACGCAGAAGGAACGCGCGGCGACGCGCGAGGCCGCGGACGGGAAGGAAGUUCCUGACCCGGCCAUUAUGGAUAUGAAAGCUAACUUCAGUUUACCCGAGAAAAGCUCGUGGUUAGACGAGGUGAUAUACCCAGAGUUGUCAGAGGAAGAGGCUAAGGUGGUGGUGGAGGCGUAUCACCGCGAGGCGGCCGCAGCGGGCGCGGUGAAGGAAAAGGACAAAAGAUCGCGCUCGGCCUCAAGGGAUGCCCCGCCAGCGAAAAGGCAGAGGUCCUCUGAUAAGAAUCGCGACCAUCGGAGACCGAGGGACCAUAGAGAUCGAGAGGAUAGAUGGGGCAUUGGUGGAGGCAGCGGCGGCGGCAGUCGCUGGGGCCCCGCGGGACAAGGAGGCCCGGGAGGCGCUGGGGGCCGCGGAGGUGGAGGACGCUGGGGCGGCCGCGACAGGGGUGGCAUGGGCGGCGGCAUGGGCUCCGGGCCCUCGCCGCGUUUCGACCGAUGGGGCGGCCCACCCUCGCAGUCCAGAAACGAUUUCGGCGGCGGUGGCCGUGAUCGCGGAGACUUCCGCGGUGGUCGCGGAGGCCCCGGAGGCCCGGGCGGGCCGCGUCAAGACCGCGGUCCGGGAGGCCCCGGCGGCCCAGGAGGCCCCAGCGCGAGGGGCCCGCCCGGCGGAGACAGGUUCCAACGCGACAACAGACCCCCGAACAGAGGGCCCAAUGACAGCAAGCGGCCAGGAGGAGGCGGACCGCCAGGUGGGGAGUUAAAAAGCAACCAAGGCGGCGGCGGUGGAGGCGGCGCGGCCGGCUCGUGGCAGCGCGGCUCGCAGAACCAGCCGCGCGCGCCGCGCCCCAACCAGGUGCAGAACAGACAAGAUGGCGGCAACCAGAACCAAAGCCAGAACGCUAAUGCGAACCAGAACCAACAGGGCUGGAACCAGUGGGCCAGCGGCUGGGGAGGCUGGGGCGGCAACUGGAACAACCAGAACCAAGCAGGCUGGGGUAACUGGGGCAAUUGGGGCAACUGGGGCAACCCGCAGCAGGGCAGCGGCAAUACGCAGCAACAGAGCGGCAAGGGGCAGCAGCAGCAGGGCGCCAACGCGCAGCAGCAGUGGCCUGCCAACUACACCGCUCAGCAGUGGUACCAGUGGCAGCAGUGGCAGCAACAGCACGGCUGGCCGGGGUACCAACAAAGCGGGCAGCAGACGCCGGCGGCGACGGGCGGCCAGCAGGGCGCUGCCAGCGGCACCAACGCGGCUGAUGCUGCACAAGCCUGGGCGCAAUACUAUCAGAAUUACGGUGGUGCAUCCACGGGGACGAACUCCAAUGCUGUGGACAAAAAGUGACGCCUCCCACGACCCUAGACGCACGGGCGAUGGCGACCCCAUAUCGAGUAUACUAUAUUACCCUCAAAUGCUAACAGCGCGCUAACUUGACUGUCGAAAAUGUCAUAAUGUUGGUACAGUUCUACUACUUUAACACCUGUAUUCACAAACGUUGCUUGUUUGAGUGUAGCAGCAAUACAGUAGGGGUACCUUACCCCUUUAAAAGCAUUCAAUAAUGGAUGGAUUUUUGGCUGAGAUAUCGCGCCAUUCAGAAAUAAGUUUUCUGCGCAGGUACAUCUGCGUAACUUAAGUGAUAGUACUGUAUCGCAAAACAAGUCCAACCUGAAGUUGUAUCAUGAUUUGAGCAAGUCAUAGACUAAGGAUAAAUACAUACGUUUUACGCCUCGUAUUCAGAUUGGACUAGUUAUUUUGCGCGCACUAUAAUAUACCGAAAUUGUAUUCGCGCCUGUUAGUAUUUGAAUAGUCUAAAACCAGGUCCGCUGCGCCACGUUAUGGUGUUUGCUAACACAACGUGUUAUUAUAACCAAGAUCAUGCUAUUUGGGGGCGUGUCCUUACUGUUUUGUUCGUGUUCUUGUUUGCCGAGUCCGAUGGAU